UUCCAUUUCCAAACCAAACCAAGGUCGGGACAAUACAUUUCAGUCAAGCUUUCUGCAUAAAGGCAACAGAAAAAUGGCAGCUUUAAAAGUCACUGUCUUCCUGUUUUUCAUCUUGUUUCACAUUCUAAAAGGUAAUGUCAUAAAUAAAACCAGAAUUUCUGUGGCAACUACUGAGGCAAAUCCAACAAUCUUAACAGGAACAACGAACAAAGGAGAGACUACAGCUGUUGAAACAGACCAUCCAAAUUCAUCAAUGACAAGCGGUGAGACAACUACACAGGGUGCAGGUAGCCUAGAAUCUACUGGAACUGCAAUCUCAAGUAGUACUUCGGGGACAAACGCUUCCACCAUUGUACCGUCUACAGGAACUGAAAACUCUACAGCUGAAACAACAACCCCUAAGAAGAAUGAAACAAUAGUUGACAAUAGCACUGCUGCUCAGCCAACGUUUAUCUCUAUGGCAUCCACUCUACAGAGCACAUAUUCUAUAACACCAACCAGCAAAGCUGAAGUAACAGAUCCUGCAUUUGGGUCAGAGCCAAGCACAGCUCCUACCACAAGUGGAUCCAGCUCUUUGUCUGUACUGGCCUUUGCUGUGAUCAUCCUGAUCCUAAUCCUUGUGAUAAUUAUGGUGAUUCUCGUUGGUGUCAUCAGUAUGCGAUUAAAAUGUUGUGAUUUUGAGGAUGUAUCACAAGAUACAAGGAAGGUAAGGAGUGCAGCACCAUCAGAAAGCUCUCAGGUUAAUGGAGAAAAGGAGGGCAUCGCUCUGGUUUCUAUGCGAACUCUAACUGAAGCUGGAGCACAAGAAUCAACAGUGCAGGGGUCGCUUCAGAAUGAUUCAACUGAAGCUGCUGGUAUAAAGAAGUGACCAGAGACUGAUUUUGCAGAUAGGUAUAAACUACAGAGGAACAUGGAGAAACUCUGACGAUACAACAUGGCAAACUCAAUUUUUCACCUUAUCUAUUAGUACAUGGUUCUGGCAAAUAUUUUAAAUAAAGCAACUUCUGAAAACCCCCUCA